AUGAUGCGAUGGGAGGUAUCGGGAUGCCGAGCCGCUUUAGGCUCUUGGGCAAAUACACCUGGAGCAGGUAUGGGUCAAAGUGCGGUGUGUCGGAAACCAAUUACGGUGCGCGAACGCAAUAACGUGCAGGAAAUGAACCAUGACAGACUGACCAUGACAAAAGACCAUGCUGGUUUUGCUCAAAUCAAUCACUUUGGCUCCGACCUCGCGCUUGACUCUGUGAAAAUUGGACAAAUGCUGAUUGGAGUCAUUUGA